UGAGAAGCGUGUUCGAGCUGGGCUGCGAGUUUUUCUUUGCCGCCUGGUUUGUCCCAGAGGCUGAGAUCCAGGGUUACUAGUUCGGCCCAGUCCACUGCGUAAUUUUAGUGUGAGGUUUGGGGAGGGAGGAGGUUGGACGUACAGUCUUCUUUGGUUUCGGGGAUUUGUUUAUAUGGGGAGAGGGUUGAGGAAGGCAUUUUUUGUGUUUGGAUCUUUGGAUCUUCGAGAAAUGAGGUGCAGUAAAUAUGACUGUUCCGCAGUAUAUACAGAAUAUUUCUAAGAGAUGUCUUUCUUUUAUCUACUAGUCACACACACCGGCAAACAUCUUCCGGCUUGUACCUCAAAGGGACUACUCUCACAUGUUUAUGUGGACGCGAAAGUCAAAAUCCGGUGUUUCAGUCGAUCGUGCUGUGUAAGCGACCAAUCAGGAUACUUUUAGUUAUGGCGUCACAACCCAAUUCUGUGGCUGGAGAAUGGGAUUUCAUGGGAGGCUAAAAUACAAUGUUGCGACGUUAAAGUUGGGACACCCCUCAUAUGGUAAGCACGCAAUAUUGCAUACAUAUUGCUACCCGCUCAACCCAGUUUGUACCCCACAUUUUUAUCACAUAGGUGUUUAUGUAUGGUGAGUUGGAGAGUCGGUUAGAUAAACGAGCGGUAUUCUAUUGGAUUGCUUAUGAUAGGUGUAUAUAAGGGUAUGGCAAGUCUGUCUCACUACUCACAUACUCUUUACUUGCUUGAAUACUGUUCACAGAGUAUUCCAUAUGGACCAUGGCACAAGUCGUAUAUGUCCUUGAUAUCGGACUUAAAGCUGAGUAGGGAUUUUUUCUAAGCAAGCAAUAUCAAGAUAUGAGACAUUUCUGCAGAAAGGUAUCCAUUGAUAAGUACCCGGAUCUUCAACAUAUUUGGAAGGACUUCAUUACCUCUCUGAUUCAGCCAUCUUGACCUCCACUCUUGGGAAAUAACCUUGAUAUCGCAACGAAAGGAACCCCUCUAAUUAGCACGCAAUAGCAAGGUUCUAUGAGCGCAGAUAAAGCAUAGAACGAAUGAGAAUCACAACAAUCUCAACUGCUAUUCGAACGCAUAUUUAACGAACGCCAAGUCUUUCUAUAGGCGAGGAUCCUCGAUAAUUACUCAGGAAGGCACAGCUGAACCAUAUAAUGACUUCUUCUCUGUCAAAAAAGAAAUGCAGUAUUAAAUUUGUCUUUCCAUGAAAAUGUCCACGACGAUGAGCGUCACUAAAGAUUGCCUAGCUGUGACGACAGCAGUUAAAAGCUCCGAAGAGAAUAAUACUUCACUUGAAAUUAUCCAGAAAAAUGUGAAGAAGAGAUGGCAAAGUUAUAUAUGGGACACAUUCGAUAAAUCACCCGAGGAGCGUCAUUUCAUGUUUAAGCUUGAUUUCGCGCUUUUGACGAUGGCAUCUCUUGGUAAAUAUUCCAUCAAAGGUAUCUUGAGACAAUCCUGUUGAUCUUCCGCAGGAUAUUUCAUCAAGAAUCUCCAUCAGACGAAUAUCAAUAAUGCUUUUGUCUCCGGGAUGUAAGUUAAUAGCUGCUUAUGGUAAUUUUCAAUACUGAUGAUUUCAGGAAAGAGGAUUUGAAUCUGUAUGAGAAUGAAUUCAAUUACAUGCAAACAUGCUGGACGAUAGGAUGUGUAAUUGGAGAAAUUCCUUCCAACCUCGUACUUACAAGAGUUCGACCAUCGGUUUGGAUUCCUUGUUGCGAAGUAUUUUCCCCUUUCUUCAUGUGCUUCCGAGCUUACCAUCGUGUAGUUGAUCUGGACUGUUCUCACUUUUUCCCUCGCUCGACGUACCACUGCGAAACAAAUAUAUGCUGUGAGGUUCUUUAUCCGUAAGUUGUAUGUCCUCAUAACUCCCCACCCCACUAACAAUUUCUGCAGGUUUGGCUGGAAUGCAGUACAUCAUCGGAAGCUGGUGUGAGUAAAUCCAAUCCCUUUGAAGAACAAAUCUAAGUCCCCAAUCUUCAGACCGAAAAGAUGAGCUCGCCAAACGCUCCUGUCUAUUUCACGUCAGCUCAGCCCUAGCUGCGAUGCUUUCGGGCUACCUCAUGACAGGAAUGAUUCAACUGGAUGGACUCCACGGUUUAGCUGGUUGGCAAUGGCUUUUCCUCAUUGACCGCGCUAUUGGUCUUCCGAUUUGUAUCGCUGGGUACUUCAUAUUGCCUGAUGUACCGGAGAUCUGUAAAACAUUCUAUUUUUCUGCCGAGGUAAGUUUUUCGAAGAGCAAGUACUGAAAAUGGGUGCUAAUAUAAGCAGGAACUCGUUUUCGCCAAGAAAAGAAUGGAGUUGGAAGGACGGAAGGAACGAGCGCCAUAUACAAGAUCUAAGAUAAUUAGAAUUUUGACCUCUUGGCGUAUUUGGUUGCUCACUUUGUUAUAUGUGUAUGUUUUUACUCUCCUUAAGUUAAUAUUGUCGAGGAACAAAGCUAAAUCGCCCGCUGAACAGGUGUUUCAACAACAGCGGUAUCAACAGUCAACCAGUAUUUGCACAAUAUCUCAAAAAGGAGAAGUACAGUGUUGAAGACAUCAAUUAUUACCCUACUGGAGCAAGAGCAGUUCAAAUUGUUACAACCUUUCUCCACGCUUGGCUGUCGGACAAUGUACUAAAUGGGUCUCGAUGGGAGCCAAUUAUGAUUGGUGGUGUUAGUAUUUCCUCUUUUUCUCUGAAUGAAUCUGCACUCUCUCCGAUCUCGAUCAAAGUAUUAAUAAUUUCAUCAUAGCUCACGAAAAUUUGUGUCGGAGUAUCCCUUGCAAUCUGUGA